GAGGAGAGAGGGAGAGGGGAGGGAAGGAGCCGGCAGCAAACGCUGCUGCUGCUGCUGCCGCUGCCGCCUCCUCUCAGUAGCAGCAACAUAAAAAAAAGGGAAAGAAAGAAAGGGAAAAGCAAAUGAAAUCCCGACACUGGACGUGUGUGCGGACAAAAUUAGAAGCAGAGCGGCAGAGGGAAGGAAAGAAAUAGAAGAUCAACAACAAGAAAGCAUCUGCGGGUGCAGCACAAGGCAACCACCAUCCAUCCAUCCGUCCGUCUUUAAAACCCACGGCCACAGCUCGAAGAAAAAGCAACCAACACAAAACAAAACAAAGCAAUAUUAACGAGAUAUAACCAGAUCUAGAUACAGGGAGAAGUAGGGGGGCUGGUGUUUGUUGGAGUACUCCUGCUAUGGAUUAUAAGCAGCAAUUGAGGGGAGCAGCAUGGCAGGGUUCUCUUUAGGUGGGAGCCACCGGCACGGAGGCGAAGAAGAAGAAGGAAUUCCCCCCGAGAACCUCUUCCUUUACAGCGGCAGCGGCAGCGGCAGCGGCAGGACCGAAGAAAUCGCCUACACCCGCGGCUUCGAGCUAUGGCAGCAGCAGAUGCACCGCCACCACCACCACCACCACCAGCACCUGUAUCCCUCAUCGACGACAGCCGCUCUUCUUUCCUUCUCGGAUGAGCCCCCGCCUCAACCGCCCCAAUUAGGAGUAGGAGGAGGAGGAGGAGGACGGAUGAGAGGCAGCGGCAGCGGCGGCGGUAUGAGCUGCCAGGACUGCGGCAACCAGGCCAAGAAGGACUGCGUCCACCUGCGCUGCCGCACCUGCUGCAAGAGCCGCGGCUUCCAGUGCCCCACCCACGUCAAGAGCACCUGGGUCCCCGCCUCCAAGCGCCGCGAGCGCCAGCAGCAGCUCGCCGCCGCCGCCGCCUUCCAGCAGCAGCACCAGCACCAGCAAUCCCAGUCCCUCCGCAUCGCAGAGCCUUCCAAGCGGCCCCGAGAGAUCUGCCCCCGCCUCCCCACUGCUGCCAUCGCCACAAGCACCUCCUCAGGAGGCGGGGGGAUGGAUGCGAUGAGCUUCCCCGCCGAGGUGAGCUCGGCGGCGGUGUUUCGCUGCGUGCGCGUGAGCCCGAUGGACGAGGCGGACGACGAGUUCGCGUACCAGACGGCGGUCAACAUCGGCGGGCACGUGUUCAAGGGCAUCCUCUACGACCAGGGACCCGACGCCCCCUUCCCUCAGACGACGACCCCCCGCGGCCACAUUCACUACGGUGAAUCCUCCUCUUCUGCAGCAGCCGCCGCCAUCACUACUGCUGCUGCUAUUGCUACUACUCUCGCUGGUGCCAGUACUGCGCCAGCUUCCGCCGGACUGUUGGAUCCUUCGUCGCUGUACCCGACUCCACUCAGUGCUUUCAUGGCCGGUACCCAGUUCUUUCCCCACCACCCCAGACCCUAGCUACACCUAAUUAAGCAAUUGCUAGUCCGAAAACUUAAUUUCCAGCAGGCCUAGUCCUUCACCCAUUUUCUGAGCUAUUUUAAUCUUAGUUUUCAGUGAAUGCAGCGUAGCGUUGGAAUCGAUCCCAGUUUCUUUCCAUUCCUCCAAUAUCGAUUGCAUCUAACAAAUGUUUCGAGCGAGCUGGCUAGCUAGCUACCUAGCUAGCUCUCUUCUGUUCUUCUUUUCAUUUUUCUUCCCCUUCUUUCCAUGCCCUUGGACUUCUUGGGAUUGCCGGCGGCUUUGAAGGAGUUUGAAAUGGGCGACCACGACGCGCUGAGUUGGUUUGGCAAGUAGUUAG